AAGUUUCAUUGACAAUACCUGUCGGAACAUUUUCUUCAACCUAGUCCUUCGUCCCUGACAUUACUACGGCUAAAUUGGCUUUGUUCUAGGUAAAUAGGGUACUUUUUGCAAUCCCAGUUUUCUAUACCUGCGCUAGAUGCAGGUAGAUAGAUCUUUGACAUCCGUCCCUUCACCCAUCCGUUGCUUCUGUUACUGCUUGAAGCAUCUUUCAGUAUUCUCAAAAACGUGCAACGAAACACUUACGAUGCCGGCGAUCAACGAACAUCAACAGAUGUGGCUACCAGGAAAUUUUAUCAUCGGUGAAAAUGUAAUCGAUCACCACCAGAAGAUUAUUCCAGGCACCGGAACCUUGGACACAACCGGCUUAUUGGAGCAUGAUUUACACAAUGCCUUGGUGCCAAUCAAAACUGCAAACCUCCUCACGCCACAGGCCGCAGCAGUCGUUGCCCAGCAGAGCAGAGACCAACAACAACUGCAACAACAACUACAGCAACAACAACAGCAGGACCCGAAAGCUCAGCCAAAUAGUCAAAUUACCCUCGUCAGUAAUGCUGCCACCAACACUUGUCCCAGUGCAAAUAAGGCCGGCUCCACCAAUGGCAGUUCGUCCGGUCGCUCGACACCGAACAGCACCAGCGACCCGGCUCCAGGCAAACUUUUCGUUGGCGGACUCAGUUGGCAGACGUCGUCGGAAAAGUUGAGUGAAUAUUUUGGCAUGUUUGGCAAAGUGACUGACGUACUGAUUAUGAAAGAUCCCAUCACGCAGCGGAGCCGAGGAUUCGGAUUCAUCACAUUCCAGGAACCAUGUAGCGUAGACAAAGUUCUCAAAGUGCCAAUUCACACGUUGGAUGGAAAGAAGAUCGACCCGAAGCAUGCGACUCCCAAGAAUCGGCCAAAAACGCAAUCGAACAAGACCAAGAAGAUCUUCGUCGGGGGCGUUUCGCAAGACACAUCGGCCGAGGAGGUGAAACAAUAUUUCAGCCAGUUUGGCAAGGUCGAGGAAACUGUGAUGCUGAUGGAUCAGCAGACCAAACGUCACCGUGGCUUUGGGUUCGUCACAUUCGAAAUGGAGGACGUGGUGGAUCGGGUGUGCGAGAUUCAUUUCCAUACCAUCAAAAACAAGAAGGUCGAAUGUAAGAAGGCGCAACCGAAGGAAGCGGUGACACCGACGGCACAGCAGCUGCUGCAGAAGCGCAUUCUGCUGGGAAAUUUGGCACUGCCCAUCGCGGCACCAGCCGCAGCUCGACUAGUCGGAGCGGCCCAAGCAGCCGGACAAGCGCCACUGGUCAGCCAGCUGGCCAACCCAGCGCUGAUGGUGCAGGCCCAAGCGCAGGCUGCCCAGGCGGCUGCCGCGCACGCCGCCCUCCAGGUGCAGAAUGGUUUCGGAAAAAUGUUCACCGCCUAUCCGCCGACGCUGCAUAGUUUCAGGUACGCGCCCUACCCAAUGCCAUCGGCAUCCGCCGCCCACGCGGCCGGUGCAGCAACUAGCGCCGGACAGUACCAAUCGGCUGCAGCAGCGGCAGCAGCAGCAGCAGCAGCGAGCCAAUCCCACCACCCGCACGCCCAACAGAUGACCGCGGCCACUGCCCAACCCCCGCAGGCCGGACAGGUGACGGCUGCUGCCGCGGCGGCAGGUCAUCCACAGCAAGGGGCCAAUGCUGCCGCAGCCGCCACGCAUCAGCUAAUGCCUGCCGGUCUAGCGACGGCCGCCACUGCCAAUCCCUAUCAAGGUUACAGUCUGGCCAACGUCGACAUGUCCAGCUUCCAGGGCGUGGACUGGGGUUCGUUGUACGGCAUGGGAAUAAUUUUUCCGGAGACGCACUGUUGAAUGAGGAUACUGAAGUGCUCGAGUUUUUUCUUGAGGUUUAAACUCUCCAGCGAAAGAGUGCUACCGGACUUAUCUUCGUGUGAUGAUUCGAGUUCGGUAAUCGAAAAAAAGAAACAAUCUUUUACACGAAAUAAGAGCGAACUAUCCUAGCACAAACAAACAGCGUAAGUGAUCCCAAUGAAGUGAUAGCAUUUCCCGAUUGUAUGUUUUUUUUUUUGCGGAAGCGCUCCCUAGCGCCCAAACGACGAGAAGUAAGGACGAGGGGCAUGAAGAUUGCUACUACUAGCUACUACCUACUUUUACCUAGUUAGAUUCCCAAAACAUUACACAACUACAUACACUUUUAAUACUAUGUCAAAGACUGCCUUAUUUUAUGCGUUUUGUGGUAUAUAUGAUUUUGUAAGUGAUUUUAGUAUACUCGUUUUAGGUUAUGAUUUUCCGUCAGUAUUUUUUAGGUUUAUUUUCAGUGUGUACAUUAGUUUUAUUUAUAGCUUAGUAUAUUUUUUAAUGGUUUUCUUAAAAGACAGUGAUUUCCAGGACGAGUGUGAUUCAGGUAUUUUUUAAACUUAAAUAUUUGUGUUCCUAAUGUUAAGAUAUCCGCUUUGGAUUGGUGGGUUGCCUCACAAAAAACUUCUUUGAAGUACUAACAAAAGAGCUUAAAGUUGAUAGUACUGUGGUGAUAGUCAGUACUGUGACUGUAGCUAAAUUAAAAAAAAAAAUGAAAUCUUGAAACUAUUCGUUAGGAGAAAUUAUUCAUCUGUUUGAGAAGAGUUUCGUUUCAAUACUUAUACAGUCACCAAUGCUUACAUUUAUAUGAGCGUGUAGAACGCUACCAAUGUAAGCAUUGUACUCUUAAACGGUUUCAGUCAAUAUUUAUUUGAUGAUAUCUUGUCGAAUUUUGCAUUAAGUCACAUGACGCAGUACUUCAACGUAAAUUUACAUUGAAACAGUGCCAAAGUAGACACACUUUUGCAGUGAAAAUUUUCAAUUAAAAAAAAAUUUUUUUUGACGCAGUAUUCUAACGUAAAUUUGGGUAAUAAAUUAAUUUCGAUGUUAACGCAGUACUCCAACAUAAAUUGUCAGUAAAAAAAUACCGAUGUUCACCUUUUACUCCUGUGUGAAUUUGGGGUAAAAUAGUUCUGAUGUUGACACAAUACUCCAACGUGAAUUUGCAAAAAAAACAUUUUAGAUGUUCCAACGUUUUUGUUUUCAGUUAAACAGCAGUGUUGAAAUGAAUAAUUAGAGGCUCGCUACUGUCCUGCAUGUUAAUGUGCUUUAAGUUUUUAUUUCAGCUGCUCGGAUUCUCUAAAUGUUUUUUUUUUGUUUUAUGAAUACAUAACUUUCUUAUGUUUUUAGUUACUUGAAUAAACUUUUAAGUUUAAUUGAAAAUAUUGGAUUUUGAGAUGUAAAUACUCUUUUGUUAAAUUUUGAGUUUAACUUUUUUUUCGUAAUCGAAAACGGAUCAAUCAUGUAAAUAAACCUUUUUGUUUUUUUAGGUUGUCUCGUUAAAAUCAUCUCGACUAGCCAAAUUUCUUGUUUAUACUAGUAGGUAUCGAUUGCUUUUACAUUUAAUCUAUCUUUGAGUCCACCAGUGCACAGUGUAGGUUGAAUGAUGAAACUCGGUUGAAACAUGUCAAAAACUCGUGCUACUUCCUUGAGUUUGUAGGUUCAUUUCUUUCCGCAUCGUACUGGUAUCGUUUUGUAAAAUAUGAGAAAAAUCAAGCAAAAUUAGUUAGAAAUUUACUUUAAAAAAAUUAAGGGGUCAGUAGAAAAUUUGAGUAGUCUAAAUUUGAUUCCGAAUAAUUUUGUACCAUAUUUAUCAAAUUUGUAAGUUUUAGGUGCGAUACUUUGCUAGCCAAGUCACGCUACGAGAAACGUCUUUCCUGCGUCGAAGCAUGACAUUCCCGUUCGUCGUAGUGAGGCGUUUCUCCGAAACCAAACAUCAGAUAAUCAUAAUUUGACGUUUAAACAAUUUGUUGAUGUUUUAAUUGAGAGUUUUUUUUUUCAUCUUGAAAUUUAAUCCCGUAGUUAGUGUAUUCCCGUGGGGGACGAUCAGUACCUCCUACCGGAAAAGGCCCUCUCGCUGUAUUCUAUGACAAUAUCCACCGUUAUUUUUCUUUUAACGUACUAGACAUAUAGUGAAUGUUUCCACCUUAUCAGUAAUGUAGUGAUGUUAUUGGAUUGGACGAUUGAAGCGACGAUAAAUACAUAUCCGUUAUUUGAUUGUAAAAUAAAAAAAGUAACGUAUUUCGAAACGUUGAAGAUCCACAGAUAAAUCGUAACUAUAUAUUGUGUAUUCAGACUAGGUGAAGCAAAAGUUGAUGAAAAAAUUCGUUCUUCCAUUAUAGGCAAGUAAAGUACAUAAAAUACAAACACGAGGGAAAUGAAACAGAGCUAAGCGUAAUGUAAGUUUUUAGUAGAAAAUACUUGAGCAAAAAACUCUGUGAGUGGGAAGGAUUUCGGCAGGGUUUGAUAUAGUGCGAUGUUUUUCUCCUGCGGGAUACUACUGAACUGCAGUGAUAGCUUUCACUAUUGUCUUGGUUUCGAGUGAGUAUUUGAAGUCAGUUACAGGAGACUUAAAAUGUGGAAUGACUUUUCAAGAUGUUAGGAGCGUGUGGGCACAAGAGCUUCUCAAACACAAUCAAAAUGAUUGCUGGAAACUUCGACUCAACUGUGAAACGUCAAAAUUUGAUGGCUUAUUUAGGUAAGCGUUAGCAAGUACACCUACAAAAGGGUAAAUCAGUAAGCUUUUGGCCGAUUUUAUUUUGACAGAAGUUUCUUCACCAGGUGACAAUUACAGCCAGUUGACGUGAAGAUGUCCCGAGAAUGCAAAUGGAGCAAUUGGUCAAGAUUUGCAAGAUGACACUUUUGAAUACAUAUUAGCGAAAAACAGGGUGCGGUAGGAAAAAGUACAACUCCAUUCCCUUUUUUAGUUACUUUAAGCAGUUCUUUGUACAUAUUUUACAAAUUCACUAGGACUCAGCUAUUCAGAUGCUGACCCAGUACUCCAACGUAAGUUUGCAAUGUUGGUGUUGACACAGUAGUCUGACGUAAAUUUUCAAUUCCGAAAUUGCAAUGUUAAAGUUGACGCAGAAUUCCAAAGUAAAUUUUCAAUGAAAACAACUGCUAUGUGGACGUAGUACUCCAACAUAAAUUUGCGAUGCAGAACAAACAAUGUUGAUAUCGAAGUUUACGCCAAUUAAAAUUGCAAUCCAGGAAAAUUAAAGUAUGAACAUGUUGACGCAGUACUCCAACGCAAAUUUGCUAUGCACGAAAAAACAACUUUGAUGUUGGCGCAGUAUUCCGACGUAAAUUUGCUAUGAAAACAACUUCUAUGUUGACGCAGUACUCCAAGGUAAAUUUACAAUAAAACAAAAACAAAUUUGAUGUUGACGCAGUACUCCAAAACAAAUUCAAAUAAACACUGUCAACAGAUACACGUAAUUACUUAAAUAAAAUUAAAUCAAUGUCAAAGUUAAAAUAUUUUCGCAUUGUAUCCUAACGCAACCUGUACGAACAAGGCUUUAUGAUGUCAACCUAAGAAAUUCAGUUUAUUCGAUAUAAAAAAACCUGGUGAAUUGUUCCAAAUUUCAUUCGGAAACACCUACUCAACUGGAUGUUAUCAAUUCUCGAAACUUCCAUCAAAACAAGCUUGUGCCAUUCCGCAGCUGCAAAUCUAAAUUGUAAACUUCGAGUGAGAAUUUAGAAUGGGUUAGAUCAGGCUCCAUCUGCCAAAUCAUGAAGCAAAAUAAAAAAAACCAUAACAAAAAUCGCAAUAUUCUCUACAACUAUGUUGAUAUAUUGGCAUAUUUUCCGGGAAGGGAGGAAUUUUUUCCGACCUUCCCACAAAACAUCAAUCAACAAACCCAUUAUUGUGUACAGUUAUUGUUACAUCGCAGUAAAAUUUAUAUUAUACGGGUGCCCUCUAAUAUCAAGUCUGAAGCCUCGGGCAUCGUUGUUGAUACUUUUAUUGGAGAUUUAGGGUACAUAAGUCUUAACAAAAAAAGGAAAAUCUGAGGGACGUAGCUCAUCUCAUGACAGUUGUCAAAGUCACAACACUUUACACACAAAGCAAAACUAAAAGUGCAAGAAAUGCGAGGGAAUCAUCGCGUGGACCAAAUUCAAGCUAAAUGUAAAAGCAAGCGAUACGAAACUAAAUAAACGGACUUCUCUUCCGAGAGCUGAGCUAAGGUUUUCGGCCCAAAAAAUCCUAAAUAAUAUCAAGUAACGUACCGCUAGAAAAUCUCAACAUGAAAACGAAAAUACAAAAAUCAAGAGCUUUGGAGACAAGAGCAAAUACUUUGGAAUGCUACUGUAGAUUGGAUGUUAUUGAUACAACAAAAUAAAGUUAAAUAAUAAAAAACGAAAGUUCAUGCAGUAGAUGAAUAAAAGAAGAAAAAACACACACAAGUAUGAAUACUAUGAAAAUUAUCCCAUCGAAUUUUGAAUUUUGCUAUUUUUAUCAAUUUUAAUAAAACAAGAUAAAAAGCAAGAUUGUCAAACGUAGAUCAUAAAGAAUUUAUGUAAAAAAAGGCUAACACAGAACGUAAAGCUAAAUGUUAUGAAUUCAAUAUAAAAGAACUUACUUAAAAUUGUUGAACUACUCGAAUAUGCUCGGUAAGGGGUACAAUGUUCUUACAAGUGAACAUCUACCGAAAGAAUUAAGUAUAAUGAAUACGAACAAAAUUGACACACUGAAAAAUAUCAUCAUCAGUUGGCAAUUUAAAAAUGCAUUAUAUCUAUGAGAGUAGUAUUAUCAAUUAACACAGAAGAAGAAAAAUCGACAAAUAUCUAAAAAUAAUAAAAAAAAACAAGCAACAUUUAUCAAUGGCAAAAAAGUAUUACAAUAAUAAGAAACGUAACUUAAAACAGCAGCAAGACGACAACAAAAUUCAGCUAUCUAAUUGGCGGCUUUUUAUAUUCACUUCUUUUUGAUCUCCCAAUCUCACCAAAAAGAAAAUAUAUUUAAAAUAAUGUAUGAAAGCGAAGAAAAAUAAACAGCUAUCAGGCACUCACCCUUCUAGGAUGCGACCGAUUUAUUCGGGUUGCGCCAAAUCAGUGCAAGCAAACCCGAUCAAAAAAGCACCCGCGUGUAUAAAGUAACCUUUUCCAUCAGAGAAUAAAAUUAGUUUGCUAUUCCCAAGACAAAACAAAAACUAUACAAAAACUGAACUAAACACAAUAAAGACAAAGUUGUUUCACGCUUUAAAGUUGUUAAAAAAAAGUCGAGAGUAUGUGUAACACAUAUUUUUGAGAAGUUUAAAGUAAAUAAUUGCUCGAAUAUUACAACAAUUGAUCGUACUGUUUUACUUUUCGUUGUAACGUAAGCAAUGGUAACCGGAAUCAAAACCAAAACAAAAAGCGAAAAUAGUGUGAUUUCUUCAUUUCCGGGGCAGUCGUCAGAGUAACUAGUAAUCGAAAGACAAUAUAUGUAUGCAUCACCGAAUUUAAGUUGACCUUCCAUCAGUUUCUGAAGCAAUAUCGAUUCGAUUUCAAUUCUGUUCAAGUUCGAUUUCGAAUAACGAAAAAUGCUCAUUUAGGAAAUACAUGUAUAUUUAGAAUAUCCAAUUUACUAUUGAAUUACACUACAGUGAAUGGUCAUCAUUUGAAAUCAUUCUGGUAACAAACAAAGCAUUUUGGAAGCAACAAAAAUUCUCUUCUCGAGUGUUACUUUUAUGAAAAGUACCCUACCUAUAUCAGCAAAUAACACAGCAGCAGCCACACGACACCAUUUGGGAGGAACAAAAUUGACAAUACUCUUCAUUUUCAAAUGAUACAACAAAAUAUACGCUCUCUCUAGUAUUCAAAGUUUGAAUGAAGCUUACUCGAUAACUGUUUAUAUUGUAUCUUCUUCCGGAUGGAGAAUGGAGGAAAAAAACUUCGUUACACAGCUAUACACUAGACAAGAGAGGAAAAUAAAAAUACAAGAAAUCAUCGGUGUGUGUGAACUUUUAUGGACCUAGCCAGUGGAUCAAAGAUUAUCAAUAAAGUAAGUAGGACCCGAGCGGAUUUCCGAAAGAGCAAACACAAAUAAAAAAAUCAGAAAAAUAAUCCGCAAAAACCCGAGGGGUAUAGCACAUUGUUUCAUGUGAAAUAAACCGAAAAGCAAUACAUUUUAGUUCUUUUUUAAGGUAUAAAUACACAGAAAAAGACAAACACAAAGCUGUAUAUGGAGAUAAAGAAAAAAAUAUUAAACAAAAACAAAAAAGACAAAAUAUAAUUAUACACUAAAUUAUACACUUGAACAAAAAAAAAACAAAUUGCAUCAAUAAGACAACAAAGCGAAUUAUUAUUACUCUUUUUAUUAUUUUUAUAAAUGAAAAAAAAAAAAAAUAAACUAAACAAACCUAAGAGCAAAAGAAAGCAGAAGCAGCAAAAAGCAGUGCAAAACACGAAAAAUACACGAAAUGAUAUAUUGCAUUAAAAAAAAUCGAUUGAGUCAAACGUUAAUCCCUUCUAAGUUCCGUUUCAUUGCACUCAAUUUUUUUUUUCACGAAAAUAAAAGAAAAAGAAAAACUAAAGAAAUGGAAGAGGUUUUUUUUCGACUAAAAUAAAAACCAUUUGCUGUUGCAGUUCCAAAGUAAAAUGAAAAAAAAAAAAAUUUCAAAUCCCGUUUGUUGAGUGUGAUUUGGUGUGAUUGAUCUCGGUUUUCCGGUUUCAACUUUUUAUUUUUUGUGUUGUUUCGUUGUCGUCUAAUUUACUUAAUUUAUUCAAUUGUUUAUUUUUAAACUGAGAUUUAGAGCUCAGAACAUCAAAUCAGAAAAAAGGCUUAAAAAACUUCAAUUUUGAAAUCAAAUCCUGAAUAAAAAUUAAGAAACUGAAAUCAGAAUUCACUAAUAGUUUCAAAUAUCAGAUUAAAAACUUUAAUUAAGAAUAAUUUUUUUGAGUUUUGAAACGUAUAUCUCUGAAUUUGUAUUUUGAAUAUGGAUUCUGAAUUUAAAUUUGUGGAAUUAAGAUAGGACAUGAUUUUAAAUCUGAUUUCCAAAAUCUAAGAUUUAAUUUCGAUUUUGAAUCUGAAACUUGUUUUCUGUCGGAAAUAAAAUUUAAAUUUCUGUAGGUGAAUUUUGAAUCUGAAUUCUUUGUUCUGAAUCUGAAACCAGCAUCUUUAUCUGAACUCAAAACUAUCGAUCCUGAUUCCGAAUUUCAACUGUGAAUAUGAAGUAUGAAUCUGAAUUCGGAACCUUAAUUCUGAAUAUAAUUUUUGAAUACUAAACUGAAAGCAGAAUUUGAACACAUUAUGAAUCUGAGUUUUGAGCUCUGAAUCUCGGUUCCGAAUUCGAAAUCUGUAUUAUGAAUCUAUAUUUUGAAUCCAAAUUCUGAAUCAAAAUUGCUGUUAGGUUUCUUUCAGUCUUUAUUUAUUGAUCGGGUUGCCUAAUCAAUGCUGAAUAAAAUUGGGAAUUUUGAGACCUGAAUUCUGAAUCUAAGUUCUGAAUUUCAAUAUUAAUGUUGAUUCAAAAUUAUUAACUUUUAUAAAAUAUAAGAACCGAAUCUGUAUUCCGAAUCUGAACAUUGAAUUUAAAAUUUUCAGGAAUAAAAAGUUAGCAUCUGAACUCUACAUCUCAAUUCUGAUGAUCUAAAGAUUAGACUUUGAUUAUGGAUUGUAAUUUCAAAUCUGUAACCUAAAAUUCUGAACUUCAGGAUCUGGUUUCUGAAUUUAAGUCCGAAGCUGAUUUAUGAAUUCUUUUGAAAAUAAAUCUUUUCGAAAUCUGAACUCUCAAUCGAAUAGCCUAAACAAUUUGAAUGAAAUGUUGAAUCUGAUUUUUUAUUUAAAUCUUAAUGACAGAAUUUGAAAAUUAUGAACUUUGGAAUUGAAUUUUGAAUUCUGGAUCCUGAUUCCUGUUCAAUGAAUUUGAAAUCUGAAUCUUAUUCCCCAAUUUAAAAUUAGGUCUAAUUUCGAAUUCGUUAUUUUAUUUUCAACCCUGAAUUUCCAAUUCUCUAUACUGUUCCCUAUUAAAAAAAAUCAUGCGAAAUGCUGUUGCGUUUUUUAUCAUUGAAGAAUCUAAAAUCCGAAUAUUGAGUUUUGAAAAUUUGUAGAAAAUUCUUUAAAAAAGAUGAGUAGUGAAAUAACUACUAAACUUUUAGGUACUGGAUAUUUUCUUUUAUUUUUCUUAAGAUUAUUUUUCGAAUACGCAUAGAUUUUUGUUUUAUUCGACCUGUUUGAGCUAGGAAACCGCAUUUUGGAGUGUUCCGAACAAGUGUGAGUGUUAUUUGGUACCGUUUGUUUGCGCAUUUUAAAAUUUGGACUAAAACGGGUGUAAUUGAAUGAUAAAAAAUAACUUUUUUUUUAAAACUAGUAUCAAUUGAUUGCAGUGAAAAUGUAAGGAACAAAAAAAUUCAAAAAUGAAAAUCUUCCGAAAAUUACCUUCAACUCUGCACAGAAGAUGGCUGGCCCAUGAAACGGCAGAAAAAAAAAAACCAUAACUGGUACCGUUCUUAAGACCUACACUGAAAGCUACCCUAAAGAACUGAACAAUUCUUUUGUGCAGUCGCCAGUUUUCAAUUUUCGUGAAUUGCAUUAUGCUAAUUUCCUCGCUAAGCACAUCAUCGCGAUCCCCGUUCGAUAGAAAGGGUUGUCGAAAAGGUAAUGUGAUAAGCCUUUACUACCGUUUAAAUACCUUCUUAAGUAUACUAUUGUUUUCGAUUGAUUUUACCAUUGAGCCGUACUCGUAUGUUUUUGAGCAUCGCUGAACACAGACCAACAUCAUGUUAAUUCGAGUAUUUAGGCAAUCACCUUGAUUUAUGUUUCUGAAUCACACUCUCCGUUUGCUCUAUUAGUAGUAGUGUCUUGAGGCAGUAGUAGUUUGCAGUAAGUACCAGAUAAUAGUGUUAAGUCACUUGUACGUAAAUUAAAACAACAAACAAAAAAAACAA